AUGUGGCGUCGCUGGUGCCUGGGAUUCUGCCUCUGUCGGACAGUGCUGGCCGUACCUUCCACAGCAUGUCCUGACGUGGAGCAGGGUACCCUACAGGCGUGUGAGCGUUGCAUCCAUGAUGACCUCUGCCAGACAGAUACCAGGCUGAACAUCAAAUAUGUCUGCCAUGAUUUCACCAAGAAGUGUGUGAAUCCCGCCUGGAACAUCACGGAGGUCUAUUCGCGUUGCCCAGAGGACCUGUCCUGUUGCGUCCCGGGAGUGCCGGGUCUGCCAGAGCUGUUGGUCGGAUUUGUGCUUCAGGACCCUGCAGAUCCAAGUACUUGGGGUGCUCAAUGCAAGUUGACAUGUGCGGAUCAGCAGGCGCGGUCUCAGCACCGAGGUGGACAUCGUGGUGACAGGAUCCCGCACCAUGGGGAUGGUAGAGAUUAG